AUGAAUUCAGAUAAUGCUAACAAUGAUAAAAAUGACAUUUGGUCGACAGAAAAAUGUAUAUUUUGUAAAGGAAAUAUAAAGGAAAAUUCAAAAAUCCUAAAUUGUCUUCAUAUUAUUUGUAAAGAUUGUACUCAGAAAAAAAAUACUGAUAUAGGUUUAUGUUGUAAAUGUAAUAUAGUAACUAAGGGUGAACCCACUGAUUACUUGAUUGUAUCACCAAAUGAACUACAUGUAAAGAUAUGUUGUGAACAAAAUUGCCAAGACAUAGGAAAGAAAAUAUGCAUGUAUUGCAAAAGCGUGUUUUGCAAACAAUGUUCUAAGAUACAUUUGAUAAACAAUGAAGAUCAUUACCCUACCCUAAUGAUGACUUACCCAUUAAAAAAAGAAUUUAUUUCUUGCCCAGAGUGUAAAGAAAAAUGUGUGGAUGUAUUUUGUACAAGAUGCUCAAAAAUGAUUUGUUCUCUUUGUCAUUUAAAUUUCCAUCAGAAACAUAAUUUUAAACUUAUUUCCACAAUGGCCGACGAAACCAGACAAGAAUUUCAAUCGUCAGUAUUUGAUUUAAGUGAAACUAAUGAUACAUUAAAAUUUAUGAUACGAUUGGCAGAUGAAAAUAUCAAGAAAUUUAUAUUUGAUAAGAAUAACAUUUCUGAUCAAAUUGAUAAAUCAAUCAAUAUGAUGCACAAAUUAAUUGAUAAACAUGCUGUUAAGAGUAUUAAUACAAAUAAAAAUGUUCUUAAUGAUUUUAUAAAAGAAAAUCAAUAUUAUCAUAAUGUAACAAGCUCUGUUAUCAAUCAUAAUCAAACAUUUGAAUACAUUCGACUGUCAAAAAUUAUCAAUGAUCAAAUAACCAUUGCUACGAGCCAUAUUUCAGACAUGCCUAAAGAAAUAAUAGAUUUUAAACCUAAAUUUGAGUUCAAUUAUGAACAAUCUAUGAAAAAAAUUGUAGAAUUAAUUCAAGGAAUGGGAAAUAUUAUUUCACCGAAAAUUAUUGAUUUAUUAGAAUAUAAAAAUAGAGUCGACAUAAAUAAAAYUCUCAGAGCUCAAGAAAAUGAUCCAUCUUCCAAUUUAAGAUCCUCAGAACCUGUGAUUGUACAAUCUAACAUAGAUAUUGAAAUGAUGGAUAAAGAUUCUGACAGUUCAGACUAUGAACCACUUGUUAGUUGUUCUUGUUGUAAUCAAUGGGCUGAAGAAUUGAUAAGUUGUAUUUGUUGUGAAAGGUUUUAUCAUAAUGAUUGUCAUAUUCCUCCACUAGCAAAGGACCUUAAACCUAAUGAUUUAUCAACAACACAUUGGACUUGUACACUUUGCCAKGAUAUUUCAAUACAUAUCAAUAACUUACGUGAAAAGAAUUUUACAGACCAUAUUAUUCCUAUUGGUCCUUCUGAACGAAAAGUCAUUGAACGUAUAUUAAUGGAGUUGUAUUGUCAAAAUGAGGAUAGUGAACACUAUCGAGAUUGUUUGGAUAGAGAGAGAUAUCCACUGUAUUAUGAAAAAAUUGCUGAUCCUAUAUCAUUGAAUGAUAUCAAACAACGUUUAGAAUCUGAUGGAUCAUAUACAUCACUCAUUGAUUUUAUCAAAGAUAUCAAAAAAGUUUUGAUGAAUGGAAAGUUAUAUUAUGCUGUUAGUAUUAUUGAUAUUCAAUAUUAA